AUGGCAGUCAUUGUCGAACACUGGCCGUAUGAGAUGCAGUGGAUUCUGGCUGGCUGGCAUUGGCCUGGAAGGGAGACUGCUGUUCUUCACACAUGCAAGGCGAUGAUGAGCACUUGCCCAUACAAUAGCUUGAUUUGCUUUGUUGCUGCAUGUCUGUUUGAUGCCUGCUCACAAUAUGGCAAUAUGGUGACAGUUGCACUUGAUGUGCUGUGGGACUUGCAGGUGAUUCAGCUGCAGUGCAUGGCAGACGAUUGCCAAAAUUGGCAGUCAGCAGACAUGGUGGAGGCCCGAAGGGGGAUGGAAGUCUCGUUGCUGAAGUAUAGACUGGCAAAGGAGCUGGGCCAAGAGUCCAGGCACAUGCUGGAUGACAUGCUUGAUAGCAUCCGGCCGUACACUAUGGACCCACAUGGACUGGAAGAGGCGUACUGGCGAUACUUUGAUGGGAAGCAGGAGGAGCUGGAGGUGCUGGAAUUGGAGAGAGAAGAAGCAGAAACGAAGCUGGCUGGCGUUGGCUUCUCGCUGAGGCACCUCCCCUCGCAGGACGAGGUCCCCGAGAAUGGCAUCUCCCAGCUGAGCGGCGACGAGCGCGAGGCGCGCAUAAUGCGGGAAGUUCAGCGCGUGCAUGACGAGACCCACGCGCUGCUCAAGAGCCUGGAGGCCAAGAAGGCACAGCUGGCCGCCCUGAGGGGCAACUCAAACGGCCGCCACCGCCGCCUCUCCUCCCUGGACGGGGGCAAGCUACCGGAGGACUUGAGGUAUGGCAUGGAUGGGCACUGA